AGUUGGAUCGAAAGCCGAGCUGGUCGAUCGGGAACGAAUCAACGAAGCUGACGAUAAUAAUAAGCGGUCCGUGUUGAUGGGGAAGCAGAUGCAUAAUUCUCCUUCCCCUCUUCUCUCCAAGACUAACAUUUCCGACGGCAGCAAAUCUUUCUUACCUGUAGAUAUAUCAGAGGAAUCAGAGGUCAGUGGUUCUGACAAAGAAGACAGCUCAUGGAUUUCUUGGUUCUGUAACCUUCGUGGGAACAAAUUCUUAUGUGAAGUCGAUGAAGAUUACAUCCUAGAUGACUACAACUUGUGUGGACUCAGCCAUCAAGUUCCUUACUACGACUAUGCUCUCGAUUUGAUUCUCGAUGUAGAAGAAUCUUCUUCUCGUGGUGAGAUCAUUACAGAAGAACAGAACGAGUUGAUCGAGUCUGCAGCCGAGAUGUUAUAUGGAAUGAUUCAUGCUCGUUACAUAUUGACAGGCAACGGACUCAAUUCUAUGUUUAAAAAAUACAACAAGUAUGAUUUUGGAAGAUGCCCAAAACUUUAUUGUCGUGGCCAACCUUGUUUACCUGUUGGCCUAUCCGAUAUCCCUCGAGCAAGUACCGUGAAAAUAUAUUGUCCUAAAUGUGAAGAUGUGUAUUACCCGCCAUCAAAAUACCAAGCAAAUAUUGAUGGAGCUUACUUUGGGACAACAUUUUCACAUCUGUUUAUGAUGACUUACGAAUUUAAGAGGCCAGAAAAGGUAAUGCAAAGCUAUGUUCCAAGAGUGUUUGGGUUCAAGUUACACAAGCCGUGAAGGGAAAAAGCUUAAAGUAAGACCGAAUACUACUAGGAAGAGACUUUUAUGUGUGUAAUCACAUACAAAUAAUUGUAUC